AUGUGCCUUCAAACAACCAAAAUCUUCUUGCCAACAAAAUCAGAAACUAGACGGGGUGAUCGAGCAUACAAGUUCCUCAAAUACCAGACCUUCAAGUUGACUUUUGACAAAAAUUUCAAACCUUUAACGCAGUUCUCGAACGUCAAGGAACUUUUAACCGCAUUUACAGAUGCGAUCCAAGCCCACCAUGAAGUUUUCGAGUUGGCUCGUAUUCUCCACCGAGAUAUCAGCGUCGGAAGCAUUGUGAUUGAGAAGAACGGCGGUGGAAUCCUGGUUGAUUGGGAUUUGUCCGAGUCGACUCUUGGACGGAAUGAAUCUACUAUAGCGGAGCACACAGGAACCUGGCAGUUCAUUUCUUACCGUCUUGUGGCACCGCGCAAAGUCGAUGAACCAAUGCCAAUACCUACGAAAGAAGAUGAUCUGGAAUCAUUCUGGCAUGUUUUAUUCUGGGUAGCAAUGAGGCAUGCUGAACACGGUCAGCCUAUUUCUGAAAUCAAGUCAAUCAUGAAGAAUGUCUACGACAAUAGACAAUAUACUGAAGCUGGAAUCUCAUGCCCCGAAACUAAAUAUGAUAAGCUUUUGAACCCGCUCACCGUUCGGAAACAAAUUUUCGCCUCACGUCCUCUAGAAACCAUUCUAGAGGAGUUCCAACAAAUUAUCAGCAGCCGAUACCAAUUACACGAGCGGGACAAGGAGGCAUUUCUUAAGUGGCAUCAGCAAGUUUUAGAGGGCUCCCCGAAAGCCACAGAGUCCGAAGUGUGGGACAAGUUGGACAGCAUCAUUAAGCAAAAUAAACGAUUCCGAUAUCUUCAAUCCAGAUGUGCUUUGUCCCUUUGUUUGAAGGACGACUGGGCGCUCCAGCUCUGUAGAAAUGUUUGUGACACCACCACAGAAGCUGAAUGGAAAAUUGGAGGUACCAACAAAUAUAGGCCAGAAUUACUUAACUCCCAGCAAUACUCUCGAUAA